UAUAUCGCGGAUCUUCUGAGAAGUCCCGCAGCAAGAGGGAGCCGGCGUGGAGGAAAGAAAGUUCCUAUUUGAGCAACUUAACCUUACAGAAUGCUCGUAUAUAAAUGUUUUCUUACGACCACUCUCACUUUCAUUUGUGCAGUAUAAUGUGUUAGCGGCAGGUGCGUGAUAUGCCGCGUGUGUUCGUGGUCGUCGUAGCGGUGCUCCUGGUGCUCAACCCCAGCCACGCGUUUUGCUGGCUCCUUUCGGACUUAUUCUUCCCCAACGCCAACUCCACCACCGUCGGGGGGACCGUUUCGAAUGCAACUCUGGACAAUUCUUCCGAAAUUGCUGAAUUGACUGAGGAACCAGUCGAAUCAACCACCAUCAAUGCAGAGGAAGCAGUCGGUGAAAAAAACAAAACCAGUAAUUCGAGACUCCUAGAAUUGUUUGAAAAGGAAUUUUUGGGCAGGGCCAAUAUUAACCCGACUUUUAAUGAUUUAGAAGAGAAUAAUGCCAUCGAUUCCGGAACUGGUCGAAAGGGGAAAAUGCUGAUCAAUGCCCCAGACCGGCGCUGCAACAAAACCAACGAACGUAAAGACCGAUUCGGCCGGUGCAGAAAGUUUUUGGAUUAAAUUUUAUAUAAAUUAAGAGUGAUUUUUCCGAGUUUGAAGUGAGACUCAAAUGUGUGGCAACUGGAUAAAUCCAGACCAAUCGUAACGACUGCGGCAAGUGUGCCGCUCAUCACGCACGAGGCCGCGCGACCUUUGGCUCAGUCAACAUGAGAUCGGCUUUGUUGGCGCUCCUCUUCUUCGCAGCUGCGGCCGCCGCUGAUGACUCGUUCGUCUUUCGGGACGACUCCGCCGAAAAGAGGAGACCUUCCUCAUCCUCCCUCAUCGAAACGAGGUUGCGCCAAACGAAGUCCAGCACGACCACCGGCCGCCCGCGGGUGGUGGACAGGGACGCCGUUGUAAUGCCCGACCAGGUCUCUCAGAGGUCCACCACCUCUUCCAUAUCAGUUUCCAAGUUGAGAGCGACGACCCAUCAUUAUCGGCACCACUCCACGACAACGGCGCCUCCUGGGAACAGCUCGGAUGUGAUUUUGGACACAAGAGUGAUGGCGAACGCGCCGAACAGAGAUUGCGAAGAGGGCUAUGUCAGAAAUAUGAGAAGUGGAAAGUGCAAGAAGAUGACUGUCGUACCGUUGACCUUCAAGUCGCGCGGCUUGUUUUCACUUCAUUGCCGUUAUUACGCUUAUUCAGAGGCAUCUCAUCUCUAGUUGUUAUGCAACUUGGCAGAACACAAUACAAGCCAGCGCAUCUUCUUGAAUUCAGCUAUAAGAUAUUAAACAUUUUACAGUUCUCUAAAUUCUCUAAAUUUCAAUAAAAAUUGACAUUUAAAAACAAAUUAUUAC